AUGAAAGAAAUGAGCCUGAGAAGCAAUGAAUUUGAUGCCCCCCAAUUUGAUGCCCCCCUGCCCAGUGAGCUGGGACAGUUGACAGACUUUUUUGGUCUGUGGCUCAAUGACUGUAACAUUACAGGCUCUAUUCCCAGUGAGUUUGGUUUGAUGUCGUCUUUGCAGGUUCUGAAUCUGCGCAACAACUCCCUAGGUGGGGUUGUCCCCUCAGAACUGGGACGAAUUGAACAGUUGAGGGAACUUGAUCUAUCAAGUCUACCUCUGUUGAGUGGGUCAUUUCCAUUUGAUACCUUUGUCAAAACCUUGCCUCUCUAA